CCUUGCCCCGUUAUAGUAUCGGAAUGAGACACCUCAAAUACAGCCUUCUGGGACUGUCUGCCUUCGUGCGGGGCACCUCCGCCUGGGGUGCGUUGGGUCACGAGACAGUCGGAUACAUCGCGCAAGAGUUCCUCACAUCCGGCGCCCUGUCCUUCGUCAAGUCGUCGCUGGGCUCGACGUACAACCAGAGUCUCGGCAGCGCCGCGACCUGGGCGGACAACGUCCGGUACGAGACGGCGUACAAGUGGUCGGCGCCGUAUCACUUCGUUGACGCAGAAGAUGACCCCCUGGAUGACUCGUGCUCGGUAUCCGAAACCCGGGACUGCGGAGAUGGAGGUUGCAUCUUAACGGCCAUAGCCAACUACACCACGCGCAUCCAGGAGACCUCCCUGUCGGCCAGCCAGAGACAAGAGGCGCUGAAAUUUAUCGAUCACUUCCUGGGGGACAUCGGCCAGCCCCUGCACGUCGAGGCGUACGAGGUGGGCGGGAAUGACAUCGACGCCGUGUGCGGCGGCAAAUCCACGAACCUCCACGCCGCAUGGGACACGGGCAUCCUGACAACCAACAUCAACGGGUCCUACGGCGGCAACCUGCAGACGUACAUCGCCGCCCUCGUCGCGCGGAUCAAGAGCGGUGAGUACAAGUCACUCACGUCCGACUGGCUCUCGUGCACGUCCAUCACGGAGCCGGUCAGUACCAAGCGCUCGGUGGCCACGAUUGAGGAGGACAUCAAGCGGCUGGGGGCGGAGAAGGGGAAGAGGGCGAGCAUCACGCCGCUGGAGUGUCCACUCGUGUGGGCUCGGGAGGCAAAUGCAUAUGACUGUAGCGUCGUGUUCUCGUACGACUCGGGCGACGACCUGUGCGAGGGAGACUAUUUCGACAACGCUGUGCCUGUGAUCGAUUUGCAGUUGGCGAAACAAGGGUAUCGGCUGGCGGCCUGGCUGAACGUGAUAUUCGAUGGGGAGACUGGGUUGCCUUAGAUAUGGUCGGCGAGGUACACCAUGUGGAGACAAGGACGCAUCGUACCUACAUACUAGCUUACCUGGGAAUGAAUGGAAGUUCAUGUCUCCGCUGCC